AUCUCCAAUCUUUCUGGACUACACUCAUACACACACCCUGAUCUAGCCCUUUAAUUCUCAAACUAUUUAUACCCAGCCUGACAUCUUCUCUUCCUUUCUAGCUGCAUAACUAGCACAUGCUAAAAUCACUUAAAAAUCCAGCCGCUAAGUGAUUUUAUUUCUUUAAUUAUUUUAAUUUGUUCCCUUUAUCAUUGCGGUCAACAGAGACGUCGACGUCCGAGUAUUCAUGAUCAUGAGCUUUCCAUACUAAUGACGUACGUACGUACGCGCGUCUUCCUCGAUCCAUUAAUAUUUCCGUGGAAGUAAUCUUUCAUCUUCAGCCAUGCCCUCAUCUUUGAAUUUUUCUCCUCAAGCAAGGAAAGUGAUGAUGCUGAUCGAUCAUUCAGCCUCAUUCCGAUCACUUGCCAAAGUAGCUUAUCGAUUGUUUCUUUCCUCCUUGAAAGAACUAUUAGGUACGUACCAUAUAUACUACCAACAAAUUAUUAAAGUCCCCAUUGUUUCCGUGCAUUGCAGAUUUGAAGAAGCAUUAACGGUGGAGUACAGAACCUUUAUGAGCCUCUAAACCAGCCGCUAAUCAUCAACAUGGACGCGGACCCACCAUUUCACAAGGUCUACGAGAACCUGUUCGACAAAACCAUCAAAAACAUUAAUUAUAUCCCGCAGAAUCUCGUGAACAAAGAUGAUAACGAACUUUUCGUCGUCGAGGAAUGCGAGCUUCCGAUUAUUGACCUCAACCGUUUGUGCUUUGGUACUGAACUAGAGAGAGAGAAGUGCAAGACGGAGAUAGCGAGGGCUUCAAAAGAAUGGGGCUUUUUUCAAAUUGUGAAUCAUGGAAUUUCUAGUGAGAUUUUAGAGAAGAUGAGAUUUGAGCAGAAGAGGAUAUUCAAACAACCCUUUGAUAAAAAAAUUAAAGAAGACAAGUACUUGAAAUUUCCAUCUGGAAGUUACCGUUGGGGCACACCUUCAGCGACAAACCUGGGCCAAUUUUCAUGGUCAGAAGCUUUCCACAUUCCUUUGAUCGACAUUUCGCACUCGGGUGGCUUCGACAGUUUCGGUACGGUAGUGCAACAGUUUGCCAUGACGGUAUCGAAUUUAGCACAGAAACUGGCUAAGAUCUUGGCUGAAAAAAUGGGUCACGAGUCAACUUUCUUUCAAGAAAAUUGUUUGCCAAGCACUUGCUAUCUACGAAUGAAUCACUACCCACCUUGCCCAAUUGCUCUAGAUGAUCAGGUAUUUGGUCUAACGCCACACACAGAUAGUGACUUCCUCACAAUAUUGCAUCAAGAUCAAGUUGGUGGACUGCAAUUGGUGAAAGAUGGGAAAUGGAUUGCGGUUAAACCUAAUCCAGAGGCUCUUAUUAUCAACAUUGGAGACUUAUUUCAGGCAUGGAGCAACGGUACUUAUGUGAGCGUACAACACCGCGUGGUGACGAAUCCAGUAGUGGAAAGGUUUUCCACUGCAUAUUUCUUUUGUCCAGCAUAUGACACUGUAAUACAGAGUUGCUGCGAGCCUGCAAUCUACAAAGAGUUCAGCUUUAGGGAAUAUAGGCAGCAGGUCCAAGCGGAUGUUCAAAAAUUGGGUUCCAAAAUAGGACUUUCUAGGUUUCUUGUUUAAAGCCAAUACCCCAAGAGCAUGCAUGCAUGCAUCUUCUAAGUUAUAUAUAAUGUUUGUAUUUGGUCUC